AUGAUGUAAAACAUGCAAUAAAUUUUUGAUGGUUUAACUCAAGAUGAUCUAAAUACUUUAGAAAGAACAAUAGAUUAGCUUUUUGCAACUAAAUCAACAUCAAAUGAUAUUAUAUAUAAUGAAUUCUUUAAUGAUAGUUAAAUAGAUAACUAACCAAUAUCUCAUAAAAUUAUUAUGUAUGAUAAUGAUAUCCCUUUAAAUAAUUAUUUAAAUAAAGAAUAAUUUUUUAAACAAUUUCAAGAAAUGCAAAAUAAACUUGAUUCUAAAAAAAAAUAUUUAAAAAAUAUCGAAAAAGAAGAAACAAUUCGAAUAAUUAAAGAAUAUGAACAUAAAAAUUACGAAAAAAAAUAUGGAAAUCCUAUUGCUGUUAUAUUAUCAGCUUUAUUAGGACCAUAAUAGGCUGAAUUAGAAAUUUUCAAACAUGGAAUUAAUAGAAAGCAAAUAUGA